UCGCGGGACCGCCUCCUCUCCCGUCCACUACGGCGCGCCGAAGCCACGUGUUGAGCCCGGUUGCGCCUCUCGCGACACCCGGGCCAAUUUGCUGCUCCUUACCCCCCGUGAAAAGGCGACACUAGGUGCUGCUCUUGUUUAGGCAGAGACCAGACGAUUGUCUCCCUCGGCAUUUGCUCGCACCUCCGCCAAGGUCGCCGACAUCAUGGCUAGCGGUCUCCGACUGGGCAACAAGGUAAUCGAAGGCAAGACCAAGGUUGUGUACGAGCUGCCCGAUGAGCCGGGCAACGUGGUCCUGGUGUCCAAGGACCGUAUCACGGCCGGCGACGGGGCUCGCGCCCACGACCUCCAGGGCAAAGCGGCCAUCUCCAAUGCCACCGCUGCGAGCAUUUUCACCCUGCUCAACAAUGCUGGAAUCAAGACCCACUUCAUCCGCAAGCAAGAUGACAAGUCAUUUGUGGCCCGGAACUGCGCCAUGGUGCCCAUCGAAUGGGUGACCCGGCGCAUUGCCACGGGCUCAUUCCUCAAAAGGAACCCCGGAGUGAACGAGGGUUACCGUUUCUGCCCUCCCAAGUUGGAGACCUUCUACAAGGACGAUGCCAACCAUGACCCCCAGUGGUCCACGGAGCAGCUGAUCGAGGCCAAGCUCAAGUGUGGCAGUGUUACCAUUGGACCUGAAGAGGUGCAGAUCAUGUUGCGCACAACUCGCACGGUGUUCGAGAUCCUAGAGAAGGCCUGGGCAUCUCUCAAUUGCAGCCUGAUCGACAUGAAGGUGGAGUAUGGAGUGGACCUCCAAACAGGUGAACUUCUGCUGGCUGAUAUCAUAGACAGCGACUCCUGGCGCCUGUGGCCCUCUGGUGACAAGAGGCUGAUGGUUGACAAGCAAGUUUACCGGAACCUGAAGGAAGUCACUGCCGAGGCCCUUGAGACGGUCAAGAGCAACUUUGCUUGGGUGGCUGAACAGAUCAAGAAACUUAGCCCCAAGCCCAAGUCCCAAGUGGCUGUUGUGAUGGGUUCACCGUCUGACAAGGAGCACUGUGAAAAGAUCAAGAAGGCUUGCGAAAAGCUCGGUGUGCCCUGUGAGCUGAGAGUAGCAUCAGCGCACAAGAACACUGAUCAGGCUCUGGAUAUGAUUGCUGAAUAUGAAGGCGAGGGGAUUCCGACUGUGUUCGUCAGUGUGGCGGGAAGGAGCAAUGGCUUGGGCCCUGUGACAUCAGGCAACACUGUGUUCCCGGUGAUCAACUGCCCCCCCGUUUCGGGAGAGUGGGGACCCCAUGACGUUUGGUCAUCACUCAGGCUGCCAUCUGGCUUGGGAUGCACAACGGUGCUUUUCCCAGAAGCAGCUGCCUUAGCUGCAGCGCAGAUCCUGGCAAUGAGUGACCAUGUCAUUUGGGCAAAGCUUCGUGCAUCACAACUGAACACAUGGGUUUCUCUCAAGAUGGCCGACAAAAAGAUCAAGCAGGAGCAGAAGGCAUAAAUUGCUAGACUUUAUUCAGCAAGUU